AUGCACUGCUCGAUUAAGGAUGCCCUGCUGCUCCUUGACGAGGGAUACUCACCCAAGUCUGCCGGUAAGGAGGGCUGGAGUGUAUACCCCACGUUUAUUGUUGAUGAUGUUAGUGAGGCCAUUAAAAAGGCUGAAGGUCUUGUUGGAAGUGUUAGGACCGGCAAGUCUUUCGGUUCAGCUUCUAUUAUUAAUUGGAUAAAGGAGCAACGCGCCCAUCUUAGUGACAUAAUCGCCGCCGAAACUACAGGCUUUUGGAUAAAGACUUCGAUGAUGGCCGAAGUAAAGAAGGUGAGAAAGCGAACAGCUACACGCGUGGAGACAAAGUUUGGCGACAAUCGCCUAGGUCUCCUCUCCUACCACGAGAUUCCGGAGUGGUAUCAGGACAAUGAGUUUAUUCUUCACGGUUAUCGUUCUGUGUCAAACUCGACAACAGCCUGCUUCUCUAGCUGGCUUUAUCUGCAUAAUGAAACCGUCAACAUUUAUUCCCACCUGGUACCGGGAAUUGCUUUUCUAGUGGGCGAAGGCGUGAUACAUCAAUGUCUCCAGGCUUACUAUCCCAAAAGCACACUUAACGAACAUGCUGUGUUCGGCUUCUUCCUUGCAGCGGCUGUGAUAUGCUUGGGAUUAUCAACCUCGUACCAUACUAUGAUGAACCACUCUGCUUACGUCUCAGACUUAUGGUUACGGCUGGAUUUCGUGGGUAUAAUUGUUUUAACGCUGGGAGAUUUUGUAUCGGGUAUUUCUAUGGUCUUCUAUUGCGAGCCAACACUGCGAAAUGUAUAUUGGGCUAUGAUAAUCACGCUCAGCUUGAUCACAGUAUAUAUUUUGGCCAAUCCAAGAUUUCAAGGUCCUCGCUGGCGAACAUUUCGAGUUUGCAUUUUCGUUGGCACCGGAUUAUCAGGCUUCGCACCUCUCAUCCACGGCAUCAUUAUCUUCGGUUUUUCGCUAAUGAUGAAGCAAUCCGGCAUGCCAUACUACUUGGGUGAAGGGCUGCUACUAAUACUGGGCGCACUUUUUUACACCAUGCGUGCUCCUGAGGCUUGGAAGCCUGGAAAAUUUGACAUAUUUGGAUGCUCUCAUCAAAUUUUCCACCUGCUUGUGGUGCUCGCUACAGCGCUUCAUCUGGUUGGAAUCAUGUCUGCCUUCCACUACAACUACCACCAUAGAACAUGCAUAUAG